AUGUCCAAAUGUAUUCCACUUAUAAUUCUCAUUUUUCUAAUCCUCAAUUCUUCACAAUAUAUUCGCGAUUCAAGUUUUAUUCGUUUUUGCGACAACAUCAAAGGAAAAAAGAUUCUAAUAAAUGAUAAGAAAAGUGCAGAAUCGGAUAAAUGUGAAGUUUUAUGGAAACAAUUUCCAGCUUCAUCUGAAGAAGAAGCUAGAACAUAUUGCAAAAAUUGGGGACCUUUCCCAUUAGUUGAGGCAAAAGUUGUGAAUGGUAGAACUUGGUGUAAAUAUGAAAAUGGAUAUGAAUGUCAUAAAAAUUAUAUUCAAAUCAAUGGAUAUUGCUAUCUUAAAAUAUCAAUAAAAAAUAACAAAAAAAUAAGUUAUAAAGCCGCAAGAAAUAUGUGUCAAAAAAAGAAAAUCACAACUUUCAAUGGAGUUGUCAUAAAAGCUGAUUUGGUUUAUUUGUAUGAUAUUGAUUUGAUAAGAUUGCUUGAUGCAUUUUUCACAGAACUCAAAAUGUUUUUUGUUCAACCUGCAGAUCAUCUUAAUGAAUUUGUUGAUUUUAAUGAUGGUGGUCCAAAUUAUGCAGUUGUUAUGUCAAUGGCAAUUCAUUAUCAAGUUGGUCCUCGCUCAAUUAUCAAACCAUCAAAAACUACAAAAGUGCCGCAAGUGAUAUGUGUCUACAAACCCGAAGAAAAUCCAGCUAGUUUUGAGAUAAAAGCCAAGCUUCUAAAACCAUAUUAUUAUCCAACACAACAUUCGAAUUUAAUGACUGUUUGGAGAACUUCAUCACAUUAUAGUUUUAUGAAUCAUCCUUCAUUUUCUGAUGCAGUUCAAAAAUGUAAAUCAUCAAUGAGUGCAUUAUUUGGAGUUGAUAGUGGUGAUAUUAUGGAUAUUAAAACAGAAAAUGUUGCGAGAUUAUCGGAUGAGGUUAAACAAUCAGUUGUUCUAUCUUAUGCACCGUAUUUUCAUUGUUGUCAAAGAGCGACAAAUGGAAGAACUUAUUUCUAUGUAUCGUAUCUCAAAUAUCAACCUAGAAAUUUUAAGGUGAUAGUUUUACUUACAAGGCUACCUUGUUCCGUUCGGAAAAAUUUGGAACUUUUGAAUCGGACCCAAUUUUCAGUCUGAAAUGGACCUGACUUUUUUUGGAACCAUGAUUUCAAUAAUUACUAUUGUUCCGCGAAUCCAUUUUCAAACUUUUCGGAAAAUCUAAAAUGAAUGUCUGUUUUCCGGAGUCCUUUUUGGAACUUCAUAAACUCCCAUAACAACUUCAUUUCAGGAUAUCAAAGAGUGUAUCGAUUUGCCAGAUAUUGAUGAAAGACAUAAAAUAUCUCAAAACGGUGGUAAAUGUCCAAUUGAUCCAAAAAGAAAUCUGGUUUCAUUUCAAACCAUUCAUUCGUUUUUGUUCACACCAAAACAAAUCGAUUCGUUGGAUAUCAUUGAACGUAAUGUUGCUCAAAAUGCUCCAAUAUUUUGCUCAAUAUUUUAUCGAAUUCACAAGAAACCCACAAAAUGCUCACCAACUUGGAAUGAAAUACACAGAGAAAGUGGAGCUGUUGUUUGUACUAUCCAUUUUGAAACACAGGUUUGAAAUUAAAUUUCGAUUUUUUUUGAAAUGAAAAUGAUUUUUAAAUUCAGUACGCUGCGGAUGAUGCUGCAUCGUUUUGUCACCAUAAUUUGAUCACAUUUAGCAGCGAAGAAGAAUAUCAAACACUCAAAAGCUUAGGUCGUCGAAUUUGGAUUGGAUUGAAAAAACGAGAUGGUUGUUCAUACAGAGUUGAUGAUGGAAGCUAUGAAAGAUGCAAUAAAUAUAAUAUUGGUGUUUGGUCGAAUAAAUUUGGCGAGGAUACUGAGAAAAUUCGACUACUUGUUGAAUCAAAAUGGCAUACGACUAAUCCUGAUAUAUCUACUGAAUAUUGUAUUAUUCUUGAUCCAGAUACUGGUCUUCAUGAUUGGCCGUGUGGGGAUACUUCAAUCUAUACUUCGUGUAUUGAUGAAUAUAAAGUUUUUGAAACUUGA